AUGGUUCAAUCCAUAGUCACAGGAUUCGCCAAAGUAGUCACGAUCCACGUUCCAAACGGCUCGAUCCCAAACGGGGUACGAUUGCGUACCGAUCGCCGACAGAAACGCCCUCCGGUACGUCAUGCUUGCGAUCCCACCAAUUCUUUAAAUCGAUACCUGAAACGUGAAAUUGGCAAAUUGGAUUGCACAGAAACGCGAUUGGGAUCGGGAAUUUUGGUUUUGGAACGCCGAUUUGUGAAAUUGGCGGGAAAUUGUUUUUAUCCGGAGAAAAGUCACCGACGCUUGAUUUCUUCCUUAAGCCCUCGAUUCCAUGUUAGUCACAAGGGAAGGAUACUUGAACCAGUAGAAAAGCUGAAGGGUGGAUUAAGGAGCCGAAGUCCUAGACCAAGAAGCAGGUCUCCUCCACGUAGGAGUAGGUCACCUUCUAGAAGCAGAAGCCCUGAAGGAGGAGGAAAUGAGAAAGCAUCAACAUCAUCACCCUAUUCCCAUGGUAGAGCUGAUUCUAGAAGCCCUUUGCAGCGUUCUGAUUCCAAUGGUUUGCCUGGACCAAUGGGGUUGAUGAGUACUAGUCAUUUGGAACAAGAAGCUGCAGUACUUGCUUUGUCAACUUUGAUGACCAUAGCUCCUGCAGAAGUUUAUGCAGAAUUUGAAAAGGUCAACAACCACGAUGAUAUGGUGACCUCUUGGCUAUGUCGUGGGGAACCAUUACUCAUAGGCUUCAUGUUCGUCCUUCUCAUGGUUAUCGUUUGGUCUCUUAUAGUGAUGUUGACUAGGUUGGUUGUCCUCAGACAAGACGAUCCACUUCUGGUUUUAGUGUCUAUCUCAGUGGCAGUCGUGUUUUGUGGUCUUCGAAGCAGCAACAUGUUGUCUCGUGGUCUAGUGUUGAGGCUGAGUAGAUGGGAUAGUAAAUGUUGUUAUUGA